CAGUCCACAACUAAUUACAACCCAACUGCUUGCCUAAUGGCCCGUUCCUACCUCCAUCUAAACAGCGGUAACGAAACGGGCGUUCAAGCAGCACAAAGAGGGUCCUUGGUGACAGAGAGGGACGUCAGGGAGAGGGUCGCGGGGGUCUGGCUGCGCAGGGGAGAGGCUCGGGGCGACGAGCGGGGCUGGGCGGCUGGGGCCUGCUGGCCGCGUCCGUCGCCCCGAGCGGGGAGAUUUCGGCGGGCCUCGGGGCGCUUUGGAGACCAGGGCCAGACGGUGCCUCCGGCCCGGGUGCCGGGAGAGGCAGCGGUGGGGCCAGGCCCGCUGUAUCUCAAACGAACCGGGGAGGCGCUGAACAGCCACGGGCCGGCAGCCCGGGCCUCUCGGACACUGAGGAAAGGCUGGGGGCGCCCGGGGCCUGAAGGAGCAGGGCGCUGAGGGUCUGCAUGGCCCCUCUGGGGGAUCUGGCGGCGGAGUCGCAGCCGUCCCUGGGGCGCGGGGUAGUAGUGGCAGUUGUGCGAGCCGACAGGAGCCCGCGUCUCGGGGAGGGCGGGCCGGCGGCUGAGGUAUACAAGAGGAUGAAGGUAGGCCGGAGGGGUGUCCCGGCCGCCUCUCGAACCCCUGCCUCCUUCACC